GGAAGAGGCGGGACCUCGGGGCUCGCAGUACGCCUGCGCGAGACGUUUCCGUGGUGUGGCGUCUGAUCUCCUGGCCGAGCCGCACGUGGAACUCUGUGCCUGCCUCUUCCAGGACCAUGGGGCGCAAAUUGGACCCUACGAAGGAGAAGCGCGGGCCGGGCCGAAAGGCCCGGAAACAGAAAGGUGCAGAGACCGAACUCGCCAAAUUCUUGCCUGCAGGUGGUGAUGAAAAUUCAAAAAGGCUGUCCAGUCGUGCUCGAAAGAGGGCAGCCAAGAGGAGGUCGGGCUCUGCUGAAGCCCCCGAGAUGAAAAAGUCCCCUGGGGCUAAACCAUUGCCUGGGAAGCUACCAAAAGGAGCUGUCCAGACACCUGGUAAGAAGGAAGCCUUGUCCUUAUUUAAUGUUGCUCGAGGCAAGAAGCGCCCAGCACCAACCCAUAGCAGUGAAGAAGAGGAGGAGGAAGACUCUGAAGGGGAUGGUGUGGUGAACCAGGGGGACCUCUGGGGCUCCGAGGACAGUGAUGCCGAUAUGAUAGAUGACUAUGGAGCUGACUCCAACUCAGAGGACGAAGAUGAGGAUGACGGCGAAGAGUUGCUGCCCAUUGAAAGGGCUGCUCGGAAGCAGAAGGCCCAGGAAGCAGUUGCUGGGGGCCAGUGGAGCGAGGAGGAGACUGACGAAGAGGAGGAAGAGGAGCAGGCGUCUGCAGGGUCAGGCCCCCGAGAGGACGAGGAGUCGGAGGGGGGCCUGCAGAUCAAUGUGGAGGAGGAGGAGCCUUUUGUGCUGCCCCCUGCUGGGGAGAUGGAGCAGGAUGCCCAGGCUCCAGACUUGCAGCGUGUUCACAAACGCAUCCAGGAUAUAGUGGGCGUGCUACGCGACUUUGGGACUCAACGGGAGGAGGGUCGGUCCCGCUCGGAAUACCUGCAGCGGCUUCGCAAGGACCUGGCCACUUACUACUCCUACGGAGACUUCCUGCUGGGCAAGCUCAUGGACCUCUUCCCUCUGUCCGAGCUGGUGGAGUUCCUGGAAGCCAAUGAGGUGCCUCGGCCCAUCACCCUCAGGACCAACACCUUGAAGACCCGGCGCCGGGACCUUGCUCAGGCACUCAUCAAUCGUGGAGUUAAUCUGGACCCCCUGGGCAAGUGGUCCAAGACGGGACUCGUGGUGUAUGACUCCUCGGUGCCCAUUGGGGCCACGCCCGAGUACCUGGCCGGGCACUAUAUGCUGCAGGGGGCCUCCAGCAUGUUGCCUGUCAUGGCCUUGGCACCCCAGGAACACGAGCGGAUCCUGGACAUGUGCUGUGCCCCUGGAGGAAAGACCAGCUACAUAGCCCAGCUCAUGAAGAAUACAGGUGUAAUCCUCGCCAAUGAUGCCAAUGCCGAGCGGCUGAAGAGCGUGGUGGGCAACCUACACCGGCUGGGGGUCACCAACGCCAUCAUCAGCCACCAUGAUGGGCGCCAGUUCCCCAAGGUGGUGGGCGGCUUUGAUCGAGUCCUGCUGGACGCUCCCUGCAGUGGCACUGGCAUCAUCUCCAAGGACCCUGCUGUAAAGACGAACAAGGAUGAGAAGGACAUCCUACGAUGUGCCCACCUACAGAAGGAGCUGCUCCUGAGCGCCAUCGACUCUGUCAACGCCACCUCCAAGACGGGGGGCUACCUCGUCUACUGCACCUGCUCCAUCAUGGUGGAGGAGAAUGAGUGGGUGGUGGACUACGCCCUGAAAAAGAGAAACGUGCGCCUGGUGCCCACUGGCCUGGACUUCGGCCAGGAGGGCUUCACCCGCUUCCGGGAAAGGCGCUUCCACCCCACGCUACGCUCCACCCGCCGCUUCUACCCUCACACCCACAACAUGGAUGGCUUCUUUAUUGCCAAGUUCAAGAAAUUCUCCAAUUCUAUCCCCCAGUCCCAAACGGGCAAUUCUGCGACAUCAACCCCCGCAAACCCAGACUUGCCCAACCUGAAUGGGCAGGUGACCCCCAAGUCUGAGAGUGGCAGCAUACCUGCCAAGAAGACUGGUCAGGCAAAGCAACGGCUGCAGAAACAGCUGCAUCCCAAGAAGUCUUCAUCCCAGAAGCAGAAUGGCAUCUCCAAAGGGAUGGAUGCAGAAUUGUCCGCUGUGUCUUCUGUCACAAAGGCCCAGGUGUCCUCCAAGCUCCAAAACAGUAGUCAGCCGGCUGUAACAGCAGCAGUGGCUAGGGAACUGAAGGAGGCUGGGAAACUAAAGCAACAGUCACCCGAACUGCAGUCCUCCAGGAAAGCUGCCUUCCGGAAGCAGCGUGCUCCUCGCAAGGCCAUGGACACAGACUUGCCUGCAGCACUGUCCCUCUCCAAGACCCAAGCCACACCCAAGCCUGAGGACCGUGACCAGCUUGUUGGAAACACCACAGGGGUUGAGAAGGUUAAGCAGCAGGUGGCAGAGCAACCUUUCAAGAAAGCUGCCUUCCAGAAACAGAAUGGCACCCCCAAGGGACCUAAGACUCCCACCGUGUCGUCCUGCAGUUCCAGCCGGCCCCCGCCAGCAAAGAGGAGAAAAUCUCAGUCCAGAGGCGGCCGCCAGCCUCCGCUGACUUCAGUGGAUGGUUGAAUUAGACUGCCAUUGUUACAGGGUUGGAAUUCUUUCCUCUGUGAGGAUGGCUUCCCAACCAUGGAUGUGAAAUUUAAUACAUGUUUUACAGUCUCUGG